CCAUUACGUGCUGUAAAAGCUCGAUAUUGUAUCACUCUAAAGGCUGAUCUUAUGUUGUGCUGCAAUUCGGACUAACGACAUUUAGUUUCCUGUUUAAACUCAGUUCAUAACAAUGGUGACAGAACGGUGGUCAACAGCUGCUCUCUUCGUUCUCAUUUCAAUGUCUCUAUCAGGUAUGGAGGCUGGUGAUGUAGUUCAAACUCCCACUUCAAUUCAUGUAAUGGAAGGCGAGAGUGUGAUUUUGAACUGCUCCUUUCAUUUGCAAGGACUGGGUGCCUACAGUUGGAGAAGAGACGACAGUCCCAUAAACUUUGAAUCACCGAGAUACAAACAAAGAAUUAUAAAAGCUGACCAUCAUGCUUUCAAGUCGGGGAAAGACGCAUCUAUUCAAAUUACGAAUACGACAGAGUGCGACUCCGGCACAUAUUACUGUGAGAUUGAAAUAAUGGGGAAACAGAAGAGUACAGGCAAUGGAACCGUGGUUACUGUAGAACGGCAUGCUUGUGAUAAAGCAAAAUAUUUAAAAACCAUGUCAUUUGAAUGGAUAUGGAUUGCAGUGGCAGGAGGAGUCACGUUGCUGGUCACUCUGUCGCUGCUUGUGGUAAUCAUAAUUCUUGCUCGACGAAACAAAGCAUACGCUUUGCUUGUCAGAGAAUGUUCCUCCUUCGACUCUACAAAAGAGCUGGAAUUGCCAAAAAGGAAGAAAAUGCGAAAUCCUGAACAGCACCAGCUUGAUGAUGCUUACCAUAACUGCCAGGGUAACGAAGCCAAGCCAAAGAAACAGCAUCCACAACCUCCAAAGAGAAACAUGGAGUAGAUUUCCCUGUAGAUCGUUCAGUAUCAGAUAUUGAUAUCAAACAUCCAACCGUAUCAAAAGAAAAUGUAAGAUAAAAAGAAACGUACUACUUUCAACUUUUGAGUUUUGUGCGUGGAUUAGUUGUUGACCAUUUAUGUACAGUAUAUGUCGUAUGAAAACUUAAAUAUGUGAAAUCCCUUCUUUUACAAUUAAUUCUUCUUCAAUCUUUCAUGUGCUGUUACCAAUGAACAAUCUAUUGUCAGCAAUAAUUGAAACAAUUAAUAAUCAAUGCAAAGCUGCAUUCCACAGAAAUUCUUCAUAAUAACUAAAUAUUUGAAGAAAUUACACAUAUACAUGCUUUAUUUAUUCCAUUUACUGCUUGCAUUUUCUCGAUGCCAUAUGAGUUUUUCUUAUUAAUCUCAUGCUACAAAUACUUACUUCUUAGACUUCUACCUCCUCCUUGUACCAUCAUAUUUUCAAAUCUGGCUAGGUCAAUGUCCUAAUCAGUAGUUUAAAAUCAUUCUUCUAAAUACAUUAGAAUUGUAAGGAUUCUCGAUUCUCUCAGUUCACUCAAUCUGCUACAAGACAAAGGCCUUUAAAACCUAAGUUUGCCACCAAGUAAACACUUUACUGAAGUUGCUUAACAACUUUGAUAUUGUGAACUCUGGGUUUUAAACAUAUAUUUCAGCUUCCACACAGUAAAAAUAGUUUCUGUCUAUAUAUGUUUUGCUGUGUGUUUGCAUAAAAGCAUAGCAGAUAACAUUCAGCACUGGCGUCCAGAAAGAUACUAUGGGUUAUCUGCGGAUUUUCACUCCUGACAGUUGUUAAUGGAGAAAGCAUUUCAUGGGCCAAGCAUUUACUAGUCAAUCUAAAAGAUGAGACCUGGGUAAUGUCAUACUAAACUGGGAGAAAGAUUACAAUGGAAUGUGUUUGUCAAGAAGUUGCCUCUGACUAACAACUGAAAAUAUGAAGUAUAAUAAAACGUAGAGUCGAAAUGA